UGCCAGCCGGCUGCCAUGGUGAAGGCAUGGCUUUCCAAAACAAAACACCGCUCCGCCUGCUGGCAGCUUCCUCGGGGCCACUGGGGCCAGGGUGCCAAAGUGCAUUGUUGGCUGGCUCUUCUCUCUUGGCUCCUCCUCCCCCUCCCCGGGGGCUCUCCCACUCCGAGGCAACCCCGGGCUCCACCUCGCGUGCGCAACACACACACACACCCACCCACGCGCGCGCGCACACACACCCAACCCACACAGCGCGAGGAGCAGCAGCAGCACCGCGGCGAGGAGGCUCUCUGGCGGCGGCGGCAGCAGCACUCGCAGCGCAGCCACGGCCGCUCCUCCAGGCAUGGCACAGGGCUCCGGCGCACUAUGGCAGCCGCGCGACACAGCACCCUCGACCUCACCCUCGCAGCCACAGCUGAUUGUAAUGCUAUUUUUAAAGGUCUGCAGUCCAUCUUCCAAAAACAGGGAAUGACAGAGACUAUUCAUAACUGGGAAGAUCAUGGUUACCUAGCAACAUAUGUCAAUAAAAAUGGCAGUUUUGCCAAUCUGAGAAUUUAUCCUCAUGGCUUGGUGUUGGUGGAUAUACAGACCUACAAUGAUUUGAAUGGAGGAGAAGAUGCAGGUCAGCUUCUAAAUAAGGUAGAAGAAAGAAUGAAAGAACUGUUUCACAGAAACAUCAAACGGGUAAAAAGGUUGCCAGCCAUUGUGAGAGGAGAUACCAUUGACAGAUACUGGCCCACAGCAGAUGGGCGACUGGUGGAAUAUGAUAUUGAUGAAGUUGUCUAUGAUGAAGAGUCACCUUAUCAGAAUAUUAAAAUUUUACACUCAAAACAAUUUGGAAAUAUUCUUAUACUCAGUGGGGAUGUCAAUCUGGCAGAGAGUGACCUGGCAUAUACUCAAGCUAUAAUGGGCAGUGGAAAAGAAGACUAUGCUGACAAAGAAGUGCUCAUUCUUGGAGGUGGUGAUGGGGGAAUAUUGUAUGAAAUAGUCAAAUUGAAACCAAAGAUGGUCACCAUGGUAGAGAUUGACCAAAUGGGGAUCGACGGGUGUCGAAAAUUCAUGCGGAAAACAUGCGGAGAUGUCUUGGACAAUCUGAAAGGAGAAUGCUAUCAGGUUCUAAUAGAAGAUUGUAUUCCAGUGCUGAAGAGGUAUGCCAAAGAGGAAAGGAUGUUUGAUUAUGUAAUUAAUGACUUGACAGCUGUUCCAAUCUCCACAUCUCCAGAAGAAGAUUCCACAUGGGAGUUUCUAAGGAUGAUUCUGGACCUUUCCAUGAAAGUCUUAAAACCUGAUGGCAAAUACUUCACACAGGGAAAUUGUGUCAAUCUGACUGAAGCCUUGACUCUCUAUGAAGAACAGCUUGGCAGACUGUCUUGUCCUGUGGAAUUCUCAAAGGAAGUCGUAUGUGUUCCCUCAUACAUGGAACUAUGGGUAUUUUAUACUAUUUGGAAGAAGAGGAGUGAAGUCUGAAGCUCAAGGUCUCAAUGCCUCCCUUGCCACAUGGAAGUGUGUAGACUUGCCACAUGCAUUGUCUUGGCAUCUUGAAACUUUAAAUUAUAUGCUGUAGAUUAUCCUGAAACGUACUCAUGCUAUCGAUUUGUGGAUUCUUUAAAUGUUUUUUUAUUAUUAUUUUAAUUUAAAAGCAAAUGGAAAAUGUAUAUUUUGAUGAGCUAGGAUGUUAUUUUUUUGAAAGUCAGCUUAGAUGAUCUAGCAGCAAAAACUAUAGCUGCUGAAUGCACUGAACCUUUAGAAUGUGAUCAUUAUUAUUAUUAUUAUUAUUAGAUCUUUGAAUACCAAUUUUAAACGGCAACAUUAAUUUUUCAGUGUGGUCCUCUAGUUUCUGCAAAUCCCUUCCUUUUUUGGACAGUAUUCAGUUUAGACAAGUGGAUUUUUGUUAAAUGAUCAAUGUGCUUCCAUUAGAGGAUUUAAGGGCAGAUUUAUUUUUAUAGUGACGCCCUGUGGCUCACUGAGAUGUCAAAGCUCAAAGAGAUUAUCCUUUUGUGUUCUUUUCUUAUGGUGAAUUUUUAUUCUAAUACUGAUGUGUUGAUUUGGUGUUAUCAGAUGCCCACUGCCGCCAUCUGAACUGGCAAAAUUGCAGCAACUUACUUCCCAGGCCCAUUCACACUACACAAUUAGAGCACGAUUGUUCCACUUGAAUUACCAUGGUUUCAUUCUAUUGGAUUCUAGGGUUUGUAGUCUAGGGAGACACUUGGAAUGCUAUGACUGAGAAAUUCUAAAUGUCUCUCCCUGAAUUGCCAAUUCUAGGAUUUCAUAGGACAGAACCAUGAUAGAUUGAGAGGAAUAAGAAAGCUGUAAUUGCAUAUUAUGAAUAGGCCCUCUCUCACUUCAUGAAGAGAGGUGAAUGCGCUGCCCUGCAGACCUAUAGAAAAAUAUUCUACAGGCCACAGGUAACCCAAGGCUGUUUUUAGGAGUCCUCAAACCUUGCUUCCAUUACUGAUUUUUUCUAUUUAAAAAAAAAUUUUUUUUUUGCUUUAAUGGUUUUUAAAAGUCCCUUUAGAACAGCCUUAAAAGUUAAAGAAAAUGGACAACAAUCAUUUUCCACCUCUUGGUAAAAUAAAGAUAUUUCUUGGGUUUGAA